CAGUCUCAUUAUUGACCAGGGAAUGAAUGGAGAGCCACGUACUUUUUUCAGCACCGAAGGACUGCUGUUUGGAAUCUAAAAAAAAGGCUGGAUUAUAUACACCUCUUUUUAAUUUCACAUCUAUUUUAAAAGGUUGUAUUUAAUCUUGCAUCCCAGGAUCUAGCCGCCUUUCUUGAAAGCUGCUGGUUUGGAAAUGGCUUCGGGAGAACAGCUGGUUCGUGUCGAGACAUUUGUGGAAUAACCUUUAUUUUUUUCUCUACCCCCCCCCCCCCCCCCUUCCUAUCCAACUUCCGCCGAAAUGCGCCUCUUUUUAAACCACUCAACCACAUGAGUGGAGUCUAAAGCAACUACACUUCCCAUACACAUCCCUCCCUCCUCAUUUUCAUUCCAUCUUCUGCAAUCAACGAGCUGGUAAAAAUAUGGAAAGUCAGGUUUUUAGCCCCCUGCUGGAGCACUUCAUGCUGUCACCGCUGGUCUGCUGGGUGAAGACGGUGGGGAAGCCCACAGUGACAGAUGGCAGCAAACUGUCAGAAUAUGUCCAUUUGGUGGAUGGAGUUUACCUCAAUGAGGUCAUGCUGGAGAUAAAUCCCAAGGCCACAGUGCAGAGGACCAACAAGAAGGUGAACAAUGACCCCACGCUGCGCAUCCAGAACCUUUCCAUUCUCAUCAGGCAGAUCAAAGCCUACUAUCAGGAGACACUCCAGCAGCUGGUGAUGAUGCCCCUACCCAAUGUGUUGGUCCUGGGCCGGAACCCUCUCACCGAGCGAGGUCUGGAGGAGAUGAAGAAACUACUGCUGCUGCUUCUAGGCUGUGCUGUUCAGUGUGAGAAAAAGGAAGAUUACAUCGAACGCAUCCAGACUCUGGAUUUCCACACCAAAGCUGCCAUCGCAUCCCACAUCCAAGAGGUGACCCACAACCAGGAGAACGUAGUGGACCUGCAGUGGCUGGAAAGCGGGGAUGUGCCCGCCGAGGACCUGGCGAGCCUGUCCCGGAACCUGGCCUUUCAUCUCAAACACGUGGUGGACGACAGAGACGCCCAGCUGGAGACUAUUGUGGAGCUGACCCAAGAGAGGGACUGUAUUCAGCUGUCCCCGCUGGGUGGCGGUCCGGCCCAGUCACCCAACGGCUCCCCGAGCAUGAGGAGGACGGAAAGCCGGCAGCACCUCUCCGUGGAGCUGGCUGAUGCCAAGGCCAAGAUUAGACGUCUGCGCCAGGAAUUGGAAGAGAAGAGCGAGCAGCUUCUGGACACACGGCAGGAUCUGGAGAACAUGGAAGUAGAGCUCAAGAGGAUCCAGCAAGAGAGCUACCAACUUCUGUCAGACGCGCGCUCGGCCCGGGCGUACCGCGACGAGUUGGACGCCCUCCGGGAGAAAGCCGUCCGCGUGGACAAGCUGGAGAGCGAAGUGUGCCGCUACAAGGAGAGACUCCACGACAUCGAGUUCUACAAGGCGAGAGUGGAGGAGUUGAAGGAGGACAAUCAGGUCCUGCUGGAAACCAAAACUAUGCUGGAGGAGCAGCUGGAUGCCAGCAGGAGCCGAUCUGACAAACUGCACCUCCUGGAGAAAGAGAAUCUGCAGUUGAAAUCCAAAAUCCACGAUCUGGACAUGGAGCGAGAUUUAGAUCGCAAGCGAAUGGAGGAGCUGUUGGAGGAAAACCUGGUGCUGGAAAUGGCCCAGAAACAAAGCAUGGAUGAGUCCUUACACCUGGGCUGGGAGCUGGAGCAACUAUCCAAAACUCCAGAGCUGACUGAGGUCCCUCAGAAGUCCCUCGGCGAAGAAGUUAACGAGCUGACCUCCAGUCGUCUGCUCAAGCUGGAGAAGGACAACCAGACGCUUCUGAAGACGGUGGAGGAACUCCGAGGAGGCGCCGGAUCAGACUCGGUGGCCAAACUGGGCAAAGUCAGCCAGGAGAACCAGAAACUCGUGCAGAGACUGGAGCAUCUGGAAAGCGAACUAGCGACCGAGAAAGAAUCUCUCCGCUGCGCCGAAUCUCUGAGCACGGACCUGAUGAAGGAGAAGGCCUUACUGGAAAAGACACUGGAAACGUUGCGGGAAAACUCCGAGAGACAGCUUAAAGGUCUGGAGCAGGAGAACAAGCACCUCGGCCAGACGGUGUCGUCCCUGCGCCAGCGCAGCCAGGUCGGCGCCGAAGCUCGCGUCAAAGACGUGGAGAAGGAGAACCGCAUCCUCCACGAGUCCAUCUGCGAGACCACGGGCAAGCUCAACAAGAUGGAAUUUGAGCGCAAACAGCUGAGGAAAGAAGUGGAGGCCUUGAAAGAGAAAGGCGAGAGAGCGGAGGAGUUAGAGAUUCUGAUGCAGAAGCUGGAGCGGGACAAUGAGAGUCUGCAGAAGAAAGUGGCCAGUCUGGGAAUUACCUGCGAGAAGGUGUCAGCAUUGGAGAAGGAGAACACCGACCUGGAGGCGGAGAGCCGACGCCUCAAGAAGAAGCUGGACGGUCUGAAGAACAUGGCCUUCCAACUGGAGGCGCUAGAGAAGGAGAACUCGCAGCUGGAGCAGGAGAACCUGGAGGUGCGCCGUUCGGCCGAGAGCUUCCGCUCGGCCGGGGCCAAGGCCGUUCAGCUGGAGGCCGAGAACAGGGAGCUGGAGAGCGAGAGGAGCCAGCUGAAGCGGAGCCUGGAGCUCCUCAAGGCCACUUCCAAGAAGACGGAGAGAUUAGAGGUGAGCUACCAGGGCCUGGAUACAGAAAACCAGCGCUUGCAGAAGGCGUUAGAGAACAGCAGCAAAAAGAUCCAGCAGCUGGAAGCUGAGCUGCAGGAGGUGGAAUCCGAGAACCAAACCCUCCAACGCAACCUGGAGGAACUCAAGAUCUCCAGCAAGCGCCUGGAGCAGCUGGAGCAAGAGAACAAGACAUUAGAGCAGGAGAGCUCUCAACUGGAAAAGGACAAGAAGCUCCUGGAGAAGGAGAACAAGCGACUGAGGCAGCAGGCCGAGAUCCGCGACUCCAAGCUGGACGACAGCAACCAGCGGAUUUCCUCCCUGGAGAAGGAGAACCGCACCAUGGGCAAGGAGAUGAUCUUUUUCCGGGACUCGUGCACACGGGUCAAAGACCUGGAGAAGGAGAACAAGGAACUGGUCAAACAAGGCACCAUUGAUAAGAGGACCCUCAUCACACUCAGAGAGGAGUUGGUAAGCGAGAAGCUGCGCACUCAGCAGAUCAACAACGACCUGGAGAAACUGACGCACGAGCUGGAAAAGAUCGGACUGAACAAGGAGAGACUGCUGCUCGACGAGGACUCCGACGACAGGUUUAAGCUCCUUGAAAGCAAACUGGAGUCAACGCUGAAGUCCUCGUUGGAGAUCAAGGAGGAAAAGAUCGCCGCCCUGGAGGCCAGGCUGCAGGAGUCGUCCAACCUGAACCAGCAGCUUCGCCAGGAACUCAAAACUGUGAAAAAGAACUACGAGGCGCUGCGUCAAAGGGAGGAGGAGGAGAGGAUGGUGCAGAGCUCGCCCCCUAGAGGUGUGGAGGACACCCAGGCUGUCAGCAAAUGGGAAAAGGAGAGCCACGAGGCCACCAGGGAGCUACUCAAGGUCAAGGACAGGCUCAUCGAGGUGGAGAGGAAUAACGCCACGCUGCAGGCAGAGAAGGCGGCGCUGAGGAGCCAGCUCAAGCAACUGGAGACGCAGAGUUCCAACCUGCAGGCUCAGAUCGUGGCCGUGCAGAGACAGACCGCCUCUCUGCAGGAGAAUAACACCACGCUGCAGACCCAAAACGCCAAGCUGCAGGUGGAGAACUCCACGCUGAGCUCGCAGAGCGCCGCCCUCAUGGCGCAGAACGCUCAGCUGCAGGGCCAGCAAAGCAGCGCGGAAGGCGAGCGUGAGGGGGCGUUGCGGGAGAAGGAGGAGCUCCGGUCCACGUACGAGCUGCUGCUGCGCGACCACGAGAAACUGGCGGCGCUCCACGAGAGGCAGGCGUCCGAGUACGAGGCGCUCAUCGGCAAACACGGCGGCCUGAAGAGCUCCCAUAAAAGUCUGGAGCAGCAGCAUCGGGACCUGGAGGACAAGUACAAGCAGCUCCUGCAGAGGAAAGGAGAUCUGGAGGAGCUGGAGAAGAAUCUGAAGGAGCAACAAGACAAAAUGUCCUUAGAGAAUCAGGACCACCGAGAUACUGCCGAUCAGUGCAAACUGCUCAAAGAGGAAAACGACAGACUGAACACGACCUACCGCCAACUACAGAAGGACAACGAGAACCUCCAGCUGGACCACAAGAGCAUCAAGAGUCAGCUAAACGGCGCCAAGUUGGAGCAGACCAGGCUGGAAGCCGAGUUCUCCAAGCUGAAGGAGCAGUACCAGCAGCUGGACAUCACCUCCACCAAACUCACCAACCAGUGCGAGCUGCUGAGUCAGCUGAAGGGCAACCUGGAGGAGGAGAACCGACACCUGCUGGACCAGAUCCAGACUCUGAUGCUGCAGAACCGCACUCUGCUAGAGCAGACCAUGGAGAGCAAAGACCUCUUCCAUGUGGAGCAGAGACAAUACAUUGACAAGUUGAAUGAACUGAGGAGGCAGAAGGAGAAGCUGGAGGAGAAGAUUAUGGACCAGUACAAGUUCUAUGAUCCUUCACCUCCACGCAGGCGCGGCAACUGGAUCACGCUUAAAAUGAAAAAGCUCAUCAAGCCCAAAAGCCGUGAGAGGAUGCGCUCCCUCACCCUGACGCCGUCCCGCUCAGAGUGCGGCGACGCCUUCCUGUCCUUCCCUGCCGCCGACAGCCAGGACAGCUCUUCGGUCGGCUCCGGGUCCAAUUCGCUGGACGACACGCUCACGCACAGCAGGAGUAGCAGGAGGCGAGGCCAACGGUGCCUUGCCCAAGGGCAGGGCUCCACCAACGCUUUAAAAAGGUUGCCUUUCAUGAGGAACAGAUCCAAGGACAAAGACAAGGUCAAGGCCAUCUACCGGCGCUCCAUGUCUAUGAACGACCUUCUCCAGACCAUGACGGUGGCCGGCGGUCCGGGCGCCAACUGGGCGGGCAGCACGGAGAAUCUGGACGGCGGCGGCGAGGCCGGCGACGCGGGCGCCGGGCGGCGAGCAGGCGGCGGCCAGCGUAUGAAAGAGCUGGCCUUCUCCACCAACGCCAUCGACUGCGCCGCCCUCACGCUGCCCUCCUCCUCCCACAGGCGGGCCCCCCACCGGCUCCACGUCAAAGACAACGCUUCUUGCGAGGAUGUCGCCGGCUCCUCGGAUGAUCCAAAGAGUCAAGCUUCCAGACCCCCCAGUCUCCAUAGCAACAGGACCCUCAGUAGUAAUAGUAACAAUAACUCCCAGCUCACCUCUCCCCUGGAGGGAAAAGGCACGAUAAACGGUAGCGCCAGUCGUCCUCACAGCGAGAGCAGCGGCGAGUUCAGCUUGAGUUUGGAGCAAGAGGCCUGGUCCAGCAGCGGCAGCAGCCCCGUCCAGCAACCAUUGUCGUCGCGUUCGUCCCAUCAGAGCCCCGGGCCCACGCGGCACUCCCUCGAACCGGCCCCCGCCGCCACGCCCGGGCAGAUCAGGAAAACGGCAUCCCCAGGCAGCGAGGUGCUUUCUCUGCAGCAGUUCCUGGAUGAGGGAAUCGACCCUGCCGAGUCGGGCAGUCAAGAAAACCUCACCGUGGACUCCCCCCGCCUCCCCGUUUCUUCCGAGCGUGCUCAGAAGGAGCGACCCACCACCCGGGGCCGCGGCAUCCUGCGCUCCUCAAGCGGGAAAGCGGCGCCGGUCUCCGCCGACCGCCCGCCGCGCUCCUCGGGCCAGCCCGGGCGCCCCAGCCUGCGCAAGGCGGAGAGCACCCGAGUGAGGGGCUCCGUCCGCCCUGGCCUGUCCGUCCAGACUCGGGCCACGUCGGUGUCUGAGCGCCUGGACCGGGCCUCUGGGUCGGCGGCCACCUUGCCCCGCGCCAGUAGCGUCAUCUCCACAGCCGAAGGCAGUUCGCGACGCACCAGUAUCCACGACUUGCUCUCCAAGGACAACCGGCAGCCCGUUUCUGUCGACGGGGUCCAAGCCCCGCCCGAACCCAAUGUGGAGGGCAGAAAGUCAAAAAGCAGAAGUGGCGAGUGCUAAGCCCCACCCACGCGUGGUGAGUGAGCGAGCGAGCGAGCGCGUGCUCGGAUGGGAGGGAAGGUGGGGUGCUUGUUGCCAUGGGAACCUCACACGUGAUGUAACCGGUGUCUCCCAUCUUCCCCGCAAACCACCCUUUAAUUUUUUUGCUUGUCUGCCUCCUUGUUGCCAUGACAACGCAUGUAGUUCCCGGCUGGCUACUACUUCCUGCUUCCUGUCUUUUCCUGCUGUUCCCAUCAACUUCUCACUUUUUCCUGUGUCUUACCAAUACUGAGUUUUCCCAAAACUUUAACCCCUUGACCUGAUUUAAUUUGUGAGAGAUGAUGAACUUUACUCUCAUGUUGUUUCUAACCUGCUCUCUCUCCAUCUUCCCACUUUUGUUCUUCUUCUCCAUCUUCUUGGCUUGCCGGGGACUCGCUAGGUGGUCUUGGAGGUGUGAAGCCUGGUAGACAGACGGCAAGGAAAAACGAUUGUAAAAUCCCACCAUUUUGUUUAGUUCCCUCCCAGCCCGUUUAUGGAGAAAAUGGCUUCCUUCUGUUUUGUUUUUCUUCCUUGAAUCAAGGAAACAGACGAAGAUGCGCCCAGUUUUUGUAAAAAAAGGAACAAAUUCUCUUCCGUUGUGAUGUGCACUACUUUGUAAAGACAAUUCACGUGCUAAAUCACAGACCCCCCCCCAUCACCUUAACGGAUAAGUCUUAUGUGAAUUUAAAUCAAGGAUGGAAGCAUACAAGCGAACAGAGGACCAAUCAAAACACUUCUUGUUGGGAUUUUGGGACAAGCCAUGAGAAUUUGUGUGCGCGCAGUGAAUCUGAAAAGUCUACACACCUCUGCUUAAAUGCCAUUUUUUUGUGAUGUAAAAGAAAUAAGACUGAGAUAAAUAAUUUCUGGACAACUCAACUGAAAAAUGUGCUUGCACAAAUGUGCACACCCUCAUGCAAGUGGGAUGGGGCUGUGUUCCAAAUGAACCAAUCAUAUUCAAAUUCAGUUAAUUAAGUCAGCACACUCCUGCCACCAUUUGAAGUGCCUCUGAUUGAUCACAACUAACCGUGAGAUGUUCUAACGGGCCUUUCCUGACAUUUUUGUAGUCAAGUUAUACAGCACAAGCCAUAGUCUGCAGUUUGUUAGUCUAUUAUUAUUAUUUUUAGAGCUAACUUGUUCUCUUCACAAUGAGCCUGAUAUUUGACCAUGGGUGUGUAGACUCUACUUUGGACUGUGUGUUAAGGACACUUCCACAAUAAUGUACCAUCUUAAUGAUCACUACAUUAAUUUCAUAGUAGUUUUUUUGUCAUCUUGCACUCUGGAAGACCUUGCUAUAAGCACACGUAUACACGACAUAUAAACAUUCUGUGAACCAUGUGGGUUGUUGCUAUGGCGAUGAUGAGUUUCCCUCCUUUUCCACUUUUACAUAAACCCAUUUGAUGUAAUUAAAAUUCAUCAAUUAAGAGAAA